CUAAUGGAGCUUUCUUAUCAGACUCUCAAACUCACGCACCAGGCGCGGGAAGCGUAUGAGAUGAGAACAGAAGCCCGGCGGAAAAACCUUCUCAUUUUGAUUUUGCAUUAUUUAACACAAGAAGGCUAUAUCGAUACCGCUAAAGCACUGGAGGAAGAGACUAAGCUGGGGUUACGGCGCUUUGAAGUUUGUGACAACGUUGACCUAGAAACAAUUUUGAUGGAAUAUGAGAGCUAUUAUUUUGUAAAGUUCCAGAAGUACCCCAAAAUGGUUAAGAAGGCGCCAGAGACAGCAGAAAAUAAUUUACCACCAAGAAGCGGAGGGAAGAACAACAGAAGGGUGACAAAUGACAAUUGUCAAAAUCUCCCCAAGAUCUGUCAGCAGAGGCCACGAUCCAAAACCUCAAUAGUGAAGACAGGGGACACCAAAUCUGUCAAGGAUCAUUCUAAACAGGAGAAUGUCAGUAAUCCUCAAGUAGAGAAUGCUGACUUUGGCCUAAACAUAUCAAAAAUCCAGAAGAAUGGCACAGAGGAAAAGGCCCACCCACGAAGAGGCCAAAUCAUUGACUUCCGGGGGCUGCUCACUGAUGCUAUCAAAGGAGCCACCAACGAACUCGCCUUGAACAGUUUUGAAUGUAACCCAGACCCUUCGGAGCGGCUGCUGAAACCUCUGAGUGCUUUUAUUGGCAUGAACAGUGAGAUGCGAGAACUGGCAGCCGUGGUGAGCCGGGACAUUUAUCUCCAUAACCCCAACAUAAAGUGGAACGAUAUUAUUGGACUGGAUGCGGCCAAGCAGUUAGUCAAAGAAGCCGUUGUGUACCCAAUAAGGUACCCACAGCUGUUUACAGGCAUCCUCUCCCCUUGGAAAGGUCUGCUGCUUUACGGCCCUCCAGGUACAGGAAAGACGCUGCUGGCCAAAGCCGUGGCCACUGAGUGCAAAACAACUUUCUUUAACAUUUCUGCCUCCACCAUUGUCAGCAAGUGGAGAGGAGAUUCAGAAAAACUUGUCCGGGUGCUGUUUGAACUUGCCCGCUAUCAUGCACCCUCCACCAUCUUCCUGGACGAGCUGGAGUCUGUGAUAAGUCAGAGAGGCAUGACUCCUGGAGGAGAACACGAAGGGAGCCUCCGAAUGAAGACGGAGCUCCUGGUACAGAUGGAUGGGUUGGCCCGCUCGGAGGAUCUCGUGUUUGUCUUAGCAGCGUCUAACCUGCCGUGGGAGCUGGACUGUGCCAUGUUACGGCGCCUGGAGAAGAGGAUUCUGGUUGAUCUCCCCAGCCAAGAGGCCAGACAGGCCAUGAUCUACCACUGGCUGCCCCCUGUGAGCAAGAGCCAUGCCCUGGAGUUGCACACAGAGCUGGAGUACAGCGUGCUGAGCCAGGAGACGGAGGGCUACUCAGGCUCCGACAUUAAGCUGGUCUGCAGGGAGGCAGCCAUGCGGCCCGUGAGAAAGAUCUUCAGUGUGCUCGAAAGUCACCAGUCAGAGAGCAGCAAUUUCCCCGUGAUCCAGCUGGAUACCGUGACCACGGAGGACUUUUUGGAUGUGUUGGCUCACACCAAGCCUUCAGCAAAGAAUCUGACUGAGAGAUACUUGGCCUGGCAAAAGGAGUUUGAGUCUGUGUAAAUAAAACUGCACUCAGCCUGACUGGCCAGAGGCAGCGAGAGCCUCCACCGCGUGACUGGGAUGGAAGGGAGGAGAUUUUUCUUGAACGCUGGAUGAAUCUGGACAAAUGUGUUAUUUUGGAGACGAGAUCUUGUGUCAUGGAUGUCAGCAAAGUGAAGGCUUUGGCCACGAGUGUGUGGGUCAGGCAAUGGAGGGUUCUUACAA